AUGAAAGAUAGUAAAUUUUAGUAUCUAAAUCAAUAUGACAUCUUAGGCAAUACAAUUUUAAUAACUACAGUAAAAUUGUAUGGGUUCCACAAGAAAUAUGAUGAAUUAUUGAAGGAAUUAUUAAAAAUGAAUCCAGACCCUUUUAUUAAAAAUAAACUAACAGGAUGGUCAGCAAUGGAUGAAUCUCUUUCUUAAAGAUCAAUAUAUGCAACAGCCCUAUUAUUCUAGCAAUGCUACAGAAAUAAAAGAAAUGAGUUUUUAAACUAAUUUCAUGAAUUAUCAACUGUAUUACAAUAGGUUCCCAAUUUUCAAUUAGAUAUGAAUUGGAAUUUUGACAGUCCUUUACCUUUUAUCAAAUUAUUAGCUCCUAAUGAUACCAUUAAAUUAUACAAAUAUAAAUAAUAAUUAAGAUUAGAUAGUACACUUGUAGGUUUCUCUAAAUUACAAUGCAAACGGAGAAACAUGUCUCUGUUGUUUAGACAAAAUAAAUUAUUUUAAAUUAAUAGAUCCAAUCAAUUUUACACAGAUCCAUUAGAAGAAUUAGAUACAGAAGAGAAAAAAUUAAUUAUUUAUGAUAUUUUACACAGUGAACCAGUGAGUGGAGCAUUGGAUAUAACAAGUUGCACAAUUAAACAAUGUGUAGAUUGGAGGGGCAGAAAGAUAAUUGAAUAAGUAGGAUAAUAUUCUUGUGAAAAAUUUGAUUUAAAGAUUACAUAUAAAAGUUCAUAUUUGAAGAAAAGUAAUGAUACUCAAAUCAAAUUCGCAGUUGAGAGAGAGCUUUACGAAGAAUGGAUAUUAAAUGACGUCUUGCCUAAUACAGAUCUACUAUAAAAUUAGAAACCUAAAGAAUAGAAUGAAACUAGGACAAUAUCCCUAUGGAUUUGCAAGAAUCACUCACUCCAAUUUAAGGACUUUGCCAAUAUUGUGUCUCUAUUGGCGAAAGGUAAUCAUUUAAUGGAAAAGUUGAAUGGGUUGUUUCAAAGGCCAGAGAUGCAGGAGAUUAUUGAAUUAAACGGAUUUCCAAUUAAAGUGCAGAUUCCUUUCCAAUUUUCAAUCCAUGCCACGAUUUAAUGCUGCAAUUUUGUGUCUCUUGAAAAUGCAGAUGAGUUAUUUACUAUUCCGAAUAUUAAAUAUAUGCCUAGAAAGGAAGCAUAAAAAAUACUUCAGACUAAAAAAAAAAGAUUAUUGUUGGCGAAUCUAUAUUUGUGA